AUGGUAACAGGUUUGAACUCCAACCCAGAAAUCUUACUCAGAAAGCGCAGAAACGCUGACAGAACCCGCUUGGAGAAGCAGGAGCUAGCGCAACGCCGUCAACAACUCAAGCAGAAGCAGGCGCGUGCGCGCAAGAACAAGUUCGAGAGAGCUGAAACCAUCGUCGCUACCUCGCUUGCUACGCAGCGUGAGAAGGAGCGCAUAAAGCGUGUGUCCAAGCUCGAGGCCAAGCGUGCCAAGGGCGACAACGAGCACCUAGCUUCUACGCGUGACUUUAUCCUAAAGGUUCACGAUAGCGAUGCGGAGUCCCAAGCCCAAGGGGACCACGACGAGGAAGAUGACUCUCUGCACACAGAGAAGUGCGCCUACGACGGUAAGCCUACUCUACUGUUCGUGGUGCGUAUUCGCGGCCCUACAGCAGUCAAGAUUCCGCAGAAGGCCCACAAGGUUCUGUCACUACUCAGGCUCUCGGAGCUGAACACAGGUGUUUUCGUGCGCUUAACAGCCCAGGUUUACCCGCUAUUGAAGCUCAUUGCCCCCUACAUUGUCGUCGGCGAGCCUUCCCUGGCCUCCGUCCGCUCCCUGAUCCACAAGAGAAGUCGUGUUUUGCAGUCUACACCAGAGGGAGAGGAGCCCAAAGAGACCAUUUUGAACGACAACAACCUUGUCGAGGAGAAACUAGGCUCCGAAGGCAUCAUUUGUGUGGAGGACAUAAUCCAUGAAAUUGCCACGCUUGGCGAGUCAUUUUCCAAGUGCAACUUCUUUCUUUUGCCAUUCCGUCUAAACCGCGAAGUCUCUGGUUUCAGCGCUCUAAGCAAACUGCAAAAGAUUAGGCAGAGAGAAUGGCAAAAGCGUGCUUUGAAGGUCUCAAACGCGUCUACUGCUCCAAUUGUCCAGGUUGACAUCGAUAGCUUGAUCGCCAAGCUGAAUUAA